AUGGCGCAACCUGAGGGUGGGUGGCUCCCGCGGCAGCAGCAGCAGCAGCAGCAGGAGCAGCUCUAUGUGGCGCCCAUAUCUGUGUUCAAGAUUUCGUCCCCCUGGAACUCCGGGCCCGGCCUGACGGGCGGGGGCGCCCCUCCGCCCCAGGCGCCCCUGUCGGACGCCGGAUCGGACGACUCUAACUCCAAGGAUGGCCCGUCGUCCGGCGGGGGCCGCGGGGCCAACGACGUCUCCAACUCGGACGCCGAGGGCGUCUGGAGCCCCGACAUAGAACAGAGCUUCCAGGAGGCGCUCGCAAUUUAUCCGCCAUGCGGAAGGCGCAAGAUCAUCCUCUCGGACGAAGGCAAGAUGUACGGGCGCAACGAGCUCAUCGCCAGGUACAUCAAGCUCCGGACGGGCAAGACGCGAACGCGGAAGCAGGUGUCCAGCCACAUUCAGGUCCUGGCCAGGAGGAAAGCCCGGGAGAUACAGUCCAAGUUAAAGGACACGGCGGCGAAGGAGAAAGCGCUUCAGUCUCUGACGUCGCUGUCUUCGGCGCAGAUUGUGUCGGCCACGGCCAUGCAGAACAAGGCCGGACUGGCCUCCCUAGUGCCGCCCGUCAGCUACACAGGGGCGCCGUUUUGGCAGCCACCAAUCGGCCAGCCUGGAACCUCUGAAGACGUCAAGCCGUUCGCGUCGCAGCCCUAUGCUCUGCAGAGCCCCAAGGUUCCCCCCGUCAGCGCCGGCGCGGGUGUUGACCUGCUGCCUCCCCCGCACGGCGGCAUGACGCCCUCAUGGGAGGGCCGCUCCAUCGCCACCCACAAAUUGCGCCUCGUCGAGUUCUCCGCCUUCAUGGAACUGCAGCAGGACACAGAUACGUGCAACAAACAUCUUUUUGUGCACAUUGGUGGCCCACCUACCUACACAGAUCCACUUCUAGAGGCGGUGGACAUCCGGCAAAUUUAUGACAAGUUUCCCGAGAAGAAGGGGGGCCUUAAGGAACUGUAUGACAAGGGUCCUCAGGAUGCCUUCUUUUUGGUCAAGUUCUGGGCCGAUCUCAACACAAGCAUUCAGGACGAAGCUGGCGUCUUCUAUGGCGUCACUAGUCAAUAUGAAAGUAAUGACAACAUGACAAUAACUUGCUCCACAAAGGUCUGCUCCUUUGGGAAACAGGUUGUUGAGAAAGUUGAGACUGAGUAUGCAAGGUUUGAGAAUGGCCGUUUCGUGUAUAGAAUUCAUCGAUCACCAAUGUGUGAAUACAUGAUCAACUUCAUUCACAAGUUGAAGCAUUUGCCUGAGAAGUACAUGAUGAACAGUGUCCUCGAGAACUUCACAAUCCUUCAGGUCGUGACCAAUCGAGACACCCAGGAGACCCUUCUCUGCAUUGCAUACGUGUUUGAAGUCUCCACGAGUGUUCACGGAGCCCAGCAUCACAUCUAUCGUCUCGUCAAAGACUGAGUGCCUCAGCGCACGACUUUCGCCAGUUUCUCAGUGCCUCUCAUCCACCACAGCCUCCCACUCACAGAUGCCGCGAAAGAGAAAGAAAGGUGCCUGUGCGGUCGGGACAUGAAGAAAAGAAAGAAGAAAAAAAAAAGAAAGUGCAUCAUCUGUAAAUAGCAGUGCCACCGUGAUGAUUCGUCCUCGGUUCAGCCUUCUGCGAUCCCCGCUGGUGCUUCUUAGCUCUUUCUUUAUUGUUGUGCACGUGACGGGCCUUUGCAACCCUUCCAUUCCUCGGCUUUCGACUGCUUUUCUUUUGCUUGCCACUCUCGAGUUACGAGCACAAGUGCUGCUAGAUCGUUUACCUUAUCCUUCCGCAUUUUUGCUAAGUUUUGUAUAGCAUUGUAUUACAAUGUGAGACAAUAUGACAACUUUCUGGGCGAAUGUUUUCCUAAGUGUGUUUUUUGUACCAUGGUUAAUGUGCAGGAAAGUCUGUGUCUUUUUCAAACGUUUGAAUGCCGAGGUCAUGCAGCCGGUCAAAACAUGACACGUAAAAGAAAGGUUGCCGACCUCUAUACAAUAACAGUGGUGGAACAGCCAUGUCAAUUGCACAAGGAGCAGUUCCGUGCACCAUCCUGCUCCAAAAUGAGGCUUUAGCAAUAAAAUUGCACCAAGUCUGAGCAAAAAAUGAAGCACGAGAACAAAUGCCUCCAUCCGGUUACGCUGCCUCUGUAGCAAAACCUAAAGCGCAUCACUGUCGUCAUUCUGAAAGUCGUAGUGUUGGGCUGCUGAGCACGAGGUCGCGGGAUCGAAUCCCCGCCACGGUGGCCGCAUUUCGAUGGGGGUGAAAUGCGAAAACACCUGUGUAUUUAUAUUUAGGUGCAUGUUAAAGAACCCCAGGUGGUCAAAAUUUCCGGAGUCCUCCACUACGACGUGCCUCAUAAUCAGAAAGUGGUUUUGGCACAUAAAACCCCAUAAUUUAAUUUUUUUUUUAAAUUCUGAAAGUCAAGAAAGAUGCCAUAGCCACAAAUAUAGCCGAAGUUGUUGGUUCGUAUACUGUUUUCAUGCAUUUGUUGCAUUUAUUACAAGUGGAUGUUCCGAUGCGCUGGCACUGUACGGUCUUUUUAAUUUAAUUAAUCAUUUAAUUUAAUUUACGGUCUUUUUGUUUGCACUGUUUGCGCUGCAGUUUGAUAUUCCUUGCACCAGUUCAGCACAGAGCAGAUGUUGGAUCAAAAACAACCUUCAGAUACUAUCUGGUCGCACGCUGUCUAGCAUGGUUGUUGGUGGUUACGCUCAAGUAAUAUCUUGUUACAUGUGGUAUUCAACCACAUGUGUUGACGAGCUAGUACUGAUUUGUAAAACAAUCAGCAUUAAAAUGGGACAAAACGACCCAAGACACUGGCUUGCGUGUUCCUGUUUUGUCCUGUUUUAGUGCUGCUUGUGUUCCAAGUCAUGUAUUCAACUGCUGGCAUAUACAUUACAUAUUGAGUAGGAACCUUCCUUGCAACCCUGCACAAUUAUGCUGGAUAGAUUGUGCCCGUUAGAAAGAACCUGUGGUUGUCUUCACUAAAUUCAUUUUGUCACGCACAUCCUAAGUGAUGUACUUUUUGAAAUGGCCUAGUUGCAUGGACAUCAUUUACGGAAACAAUGUCAAGUCAAGUUCUGUAAUAAUUUUCACGGGGCAAGCACCGGUGUGCGACUGCAUAAUCAAUAUCAGAUGCCAGUGUGAUGCAAUAGGUAUUGGAACCCUGAAUUUGCCUUCUAACCUAAUGAUCGGUGAUUACAAAAGUUACCUUGUGUAUAUCUCAUUUGAAUAGACAACUUUAAUGCGCCUUUUUAAAAAAAAGUAAUCUGCACUUGUUUCUCAUGUCACAUUAUGCCAACUCCACUUUAGAAGUCGGCUGGGAGUUUGUAUGGCUGCAGUCGGGAAAGCUGAUACUUUGGGGCUGCAACACAGCCUGCCUGGGAGCCAUAACUAAAUAGCCGGCCAUCAUUAAGUUAGCAGCUGUUACUGAGUUUGGGCGAGGCCAUGAGCCAGCAAACAGACCCCUAGUAUUUCCAAAAGGUGGGAGAACUCGCUUCUACAUUUUCGCUGUCAUUGAUGUAUCAGUCGUCAAAUUGGCACAUAUCUGUAAAGGACUUUUUUUUUUCUUGCUCUAUCAAAAUGCGCUGAACUUGCAACAUAGCUUCGAAGUCUAAAUGUCAGAAACAGCUUUAUACUGCGAUAUGCAGGCAUGGAAACCCAUUCAAUUAAACACUCCUGAAACUAAUUGGGUAACUUUUAGCCUGAAUGACCCAUUGAUGCACAUGAAGCUGGCUUCUCUAUAUAGAGUAUUUUAAGUAAACUAGAGACCGUACCUCACAUAUAUAUGUGGACGUUGGACACUGAACCAAAAGUGGUCGUCACCUUGCCAAAUCAGGUUUCAAUGCAAUAGCAUUGUAGGCAGAUUUCAGCCAUGUUGGAAUGUCGCAUUCCUUCGGGAAAAAAUAUGAGCUGAUCACGAAGGCAUUGCAGUCUAACGCAGCAUUUCAAAGUACCAGCUGUCGUGAGGGAAGAAUGUGAGAAACUGGCACAAGCACACAGUCCAGACAUUUCAAAGAGCAACGUUUGCAUGAAAGAAGCACACACACAGUCCUGGCCUUAUAAUUGGAACACUAGACUGCUGUAGUGGAAGACAGUUUUGAUCUCGUCAUCAGUCAUAACACUAUAGGUGGACUUCAUCCACUUUGGAUCCACCUGAAAGAAAAACUCGAGGUGUGUUGAGCGUAUGCGAGUGCAUGACAUUGGCACAAAAUUGAAACGUUGUAAGAGAUACGAGGUAUACAAAUGUCACUUUGAUAGAUGAUAGUCCAUGGUUCCCCAUUAUGCACAUGCGCGCAGCUGUAAGGUAUCACAAUCGUCACAUUCAAAGUGUACUAUCACAUCCUUACAGUUUUUGCUGCACCAAGAUCUGCUCCAAAGCUGAAAUGGCUGUUCCACCACUUUGUAAUAGUGACAGCGAAGUCGAUGCUGAACUGACUGAAUUGGUAGUGAAUGGCGAAAAGUUUUGUUGUACUGGUGCUUUGUUAGUUUCGCGUUGGCAUUUGCGAGCUAAGGACACAACAGUACUCAAUUUUCACAUGAGGCUGUGCUUUACAAAUGAGAGGAAACAAAAUGGAUAAGGUGGUUGCACCUUUGUGGCAACAUUAUUUUCUAUCAGGUUUCUGUUGUCAGUAAUAAAAUAAAUACUGGAGACAAGCAAUAAUAUAUGUCUUAUCUUUUAUGGCAGAUUUUCUUUCUCAACAGUAGUCGCGAUGUAAGGUUGCAUUUGCAUGCAAGACUGCUGUAACCAUUUCCUUCCAAUACGUGGCACCUACAGUUGUCCUUUUUCAAAGAUAUCUUCACUUCAUUGUAAUGAAACAAUUUUUAUUUAUACUUUUUUUUGUGUAAAAAAUGGCCUAAGCGUUACUCCUAGCAUAAUCCAUGCUGAAAUGUGGAAUAGAAGUUUGUGUGUGAGUGGUUCAACAUAUACAUGUGUGUUUGCAGUGGCACUUUUUAUUACUACUUUUUAUUUGUAGUGGCAAUACAUCCUUGCAGACUUUGCACUUGGGAUUUUUUUUCGUGGUCUGGCUCUAAACUCUCUGCAGUAUAUUCAUUUUCACUACGAGUGCAUUUUAUUAUUUUUUUUAAGCAAUGUGUUGAUAUUUGUGCUCAUCGUUUAUAUAUUUGUUGUUCCCUUUGUCCUUAGUGUGGUGCAGCAUUAUUUGAUGCAGCAAGGUCACUCGCUGCUAUUUUGUUUAUGAAGCUGUUGUGUUGCAAGAUAAUGCAUGACAAGACUACAUAAGGACUUGUGAUAGUAUGAUCACCCGGUAAUGCCAGCACAUGAAACUUUUCUUGGGUGGACUUUCGCAGCUCACUGGUAAAACUGCAAGCAGUAUUGCCAGCCUAUUAGAUUCUGCUGAACCAGCAUUGUUGAUCUGCCAUAACCUGCAGGUAAUCGUGCGAAUCCACUAGGUACAUCCCCAUGUACUCCAUGGAAAAAGAUUUUCGCCUCGAACCUGCCAUAAGCAUUUUAUAUAACAAACAAGGUGACAUUCAGUAAAUACACAAAGUAAUAUAUUGGACUAGCAUUAAUUUCUGAUAAAUGAUGCCACUAAUACUAGAAAGGCACAUCUAAAAGGGUGCAACUAUUUUUCAAUGUUAAGAGUAAUUGCUAACUGUGCUUUUUCGGGGAUGCUUCCACAACGUUGAGUGUGCUGAAAGAAAUGUGUAAACAUACAUUUCAUUGUAGCCUUCAAAUUAAGAAAUUGAGGCACCCAAUCGAUGUUAUCCUUCUUUUUUUCUGAUGUAUAGUUCACUGAGACAUUUGCAGUCCACUGAAAUCUGCCAAGUAUUUUUCCAAAUUUGCUAAUUUGAGACAAAAUACAAGAAAUAUCUGCUAAAUGUGCACUUCAGCUGCUAAACAAGGUGAUAAUCCACUGGAUAUAGCAGAAAAACUAUCAUAAUGUUAACAGUGAAUUGCUGAGUUGGUUUACCAACAGGAACUAUUGUUAUAAUACUACAGUAAUCUCUGUGUUUGUACUUAUGAAGUUGUGUAAUGUUAUGACCAGAAUGUAUGAGCUUUAGAUGCUUACUUUGGUUUGACAGGGAGGCACUAUGUGAUGGAAGGCUUUUGCUGCAGUCGGCUGCUUCACUACGCAACCUAACGCGACUCGAAAAUGAAUUUAACUGAAAUGAGAAGGCUGCACAACAGUUCCAUUCAUUAUACUGAGAAACUAAAAAAAAUAUGGACUUUAUUCCAUCAAGGUAUGACUGCAGUGAUUUGCUGCAUCAUAACGAUAAUGCUGCACUACCGAAAGUAGAGAAGCAGCUUGAUAUGUUUAUGUAGUUGACAUAGAGGAGCAGAUUUUGAUGUGUAACAUUGUAUGAUCUCAAGUCAUUUUUUUUUCGGUGUUAUAGCUUGUUACGUUGCCAAAUGGGUGCCCGAAAGCUCAGAUGGCUUGCCGUGUCUGCCACUGCCGGCUUGUCUCAGUGCAUCUUCGUGAUAAACGCCAUUUAUGGUGACGCGGGCACCUUGUAAAGGAACGCUCGCAAUCAUCAGUAACACUUUGAGAGUGUGUUGUUUCAACGCAUUUGUCUUUUUCUUGGGGCACGCACCAUAUGCCAAAGGGGUGCUCCCAGAGGUAGCUUCCAUCACUUCUUUUCUUUUGUUUCUUAAAGUUGCGCAAUGUACUUCAGUGCCAUUUCUGCAAAAAAGAAACCACAAACUCGUUACUCUUGUUCUGGACCAUUGAUCUGCACAUUUUUCCAUCGUGCACAGAAAACUGAAGCCAACUCUUGUGAUUUCUGUGUGGUGCUUUUCAUCAAACAACUUUGCAGCUUAUAUUCAUGUUUUGAAUGUAGAUGAUAGUACUUGCCGGCUUUUACAGAUACAUUUUUGUUUUGUAUCUGCCGUCAGUGGCACCUAUGAUCUAAUAUUGUGGAUAACUACAGUGCGCUCCCAAAAAUCUAGCGUAAUUAAAUGCUUUGCAGAACUUUUACACAAAUUUUUUAUCUAGUGGAAGCUUGUAUGAGCUAUGCACAUUCUGGACAAGUCUGGCCACUGCACAAUAUGCGACACAAUAGCAGAUGCUACUUGUUCUUUCUGUGUAAACUUUUUUGAAACAAAGAGGCAUCUAAUUUCCCAUGGUUGCAAGAUGCAUAUUUUCAUAUUGAAAUUGACUUCACCUAAAAAUUACGGCCAAGAAUGAACUGAAUGCGAGAGUCAUAGGUGCGCAUUGCACACAGUAUGCAACCACUCAAGUAAAGCAAAUAAUCUUGUAAUGACUCUCAGUGAUGAGGUCGUAUAGAGUAUGAUGUAGACUGGACAAGUAUUGAAUAAUAUUCCUGGCAUUUUAACAGUCCCUGUCCAACCUUGUUUGCACAAUUGGAACACAUGUCUAAGGCUUUUGUCUUUCUCACCUUGACUAAGAAGCAGUACAUUGACUAUAGAGUAAUGGGAAUAAGUCGUGGCCAUCAGUCAGUGGUGUGUUUUGCACCAACGUUGUACUUGGCACCCCAUUUCACUCGUGCGUGCAUGCAGUAUUCACUUGCCAGGGCACAGUACUCUGAACAGAGCACACCAGCUUAGUAUUCAAUUUUGCGCAACGUGAAGACAUAUUCAUAUUAAGAAUAUCGCAGCUUGUAUGUUGCAUUAUAAAGACAGCAAUUGAAAAUUCGACAGAGUGGAUACCACCUUGUCGUAGUAAUAAAUUGGUGCUGCAAUUCUAAUGAGCUGUACCCAUUCGCAGUGGACCACAGGAUACCUCGGAACAGCCAGGAUAGCAGUUAAUUCUUGAUAAUCAGAAACUAGGCCAUCAUUUCACUGGGCAGUUUUAAUUUCACACAUGUGUGGGCUUUGAAGAUGCCAAAAGAAAAGCACUGCACCACAUGCAAAAUCCCAACAACUCAUUUAGUUGGCCGUUAAUGGAAUUCCUUAUGGCAAUAUUUUACAAACUCCUGUCGCAUGUUUCUGUGUUCUGACCAUUGUGGGGCACUCAUGCACGUUGAACAAUUUCCUGAAGUCGUACGUUAAGCUCAUGCCGUGUACUGCGUAUGACACUAACGGUCCAACCAAAAUUCCAAAGUUGUGGCUUAGUGAUAGCCAGUUCGCGGAGUAAUUUACGAAAUUAGUUCUGUACAGUAGCCGAGAUGGGCUGAAAUGGGCAGUGUUCAGGACCAAGUGUUCGCUGCAUUGGCAAAGCAGUGCAAGUGCGGAGAACGUGCACAGAACAUCGCCUGGAUUUUGAGCACUUGUCAUCUGCAACAGCUUCACGUACAAAAAGCUUCUAGGUGUGUGAAAUUUAAACUGUCAAUUUACUUUCAACAAAAACUACUAAAAUUUGCAUGCCUACAAGACUUUGUGCGAGCAUGAAAUCAUCAGGCAAAAUUUCAUUAUUCUCAAGAUUGUCUUCUAUGCGAUUUCACAUUGAGAAGCCUUAGUUGCUGAGGGUAGUUGGAUCAGGUUGUGAGUUUAAGCGUACUUAUACUUAAUGCUGUACUUCUUUCCUCUUCUUUUUUUUGUGUAUAUAUACGUUAUUGUACAGUGUUGAGUUGCCUCGGGAGCAUCCGAAACAUGGUAGUAACUGAGCUUAACUAUUUCAUAGCACUUCAGGUAUGCUACUGGCAAAGCAGUUUUCUUUUCUUCGGCCUCACUGAUGUUAAUAAGCUCCCUAUACUAAACACCGUCCAAGGAGCAUAUCCUGUUGUUUUUUUCGUAAGCAUAGGAGCCCUUCCGAUCCUUCUAAGUGACAGUCAUCCUUCUUUUCUGAUGUCCUCAUGGCAAUCAGCUUCACAGCCUGUUGAAGAACCACAUAAUGUUGCAUUUAACUUAGGUAUAUUAGGCAGCUAAUUUGAUUGUAUCAAGCUUCAGCUCUCAUGGUAGCUGCAACUCGGUGUGCUUAGCUGUAUUAGCUGCAGGGUGUGGCUUGAGCUAUGUAAUGGUGCUUCGACAGUAUGUGGUUAGUGGGUUCCAAGUUUCAAAAGUUACGCUGUCACUUGCCUACAUACGCUAGCUGCUCAAGUGCUCAAGUUUUGUUUGGUGCAUGGCAGGUAUUGUAUGGCCAUAUGUUUGAUUCAAGUUAGGCACAGCUCAUCGUGAUCUUUCCUAAACUUUUUAUUGUAGUCCUUUUUAUAUGCAUGCCUGAAAGUCGCUUCAUAUUUCACAGUGGUCUCUCAUUACCAUAUCUUGAAAAAAAAAAAGAUGGCAUUGUGCGCAUUGUGCAAAGGAAUCGGAAAAGUUUUAUUUGCUUCUUUUUUUGCCAGGUAUCUCGUUAGCAUUAGAGUGAGAAAUACUGACUUGGCAGUGUUUGUCUAUCUGUGUGCUAGCUAUUGCUUUAAACGCUGUUGUUCAUUUCUACCAGUAUUUGGACGACGCAAAGCCCUUUUUAUGAGCCCUUGCCCGAGACUUUGUCUGAUCUAAUCAAACCAUUUGACACUGCAAACAUUUCUUGGUCAUAGACUAGAGCGAGGUGCCUGGUAUCGCCACAUGGUUUUCGACGAGCAAUAAACUCCUCUACAAGGCUGAAACUUCAUCACCCAAAGAGCUUUCUUUUUUAAAGUUUCAUGCCAAAUAGAACAGGCAAAGGGCAGAACAUAAGACCUUUCGAAUGCUGGUGUGUAGAUAGAAGUGCCGCGUGUCUUGCGUCAAUGAAACAUAUUAUGUAUGCUUGCCAAUCCUCUUUUUUUUUCCCUGCUGAGUUGCAUUUCUAUGCAUAUGUUUGCCUCAUUAUAUGACGUGCAUUUUUUCGUGGAGUGCUUAUUUAAUAUUAAUUAGAGGCGAUGAACAUGUGGCACAUUUGUGAUGAAGCAAAGUAUUUGCCAAUUGUGUUUUAUAUGUACAUAUAUAUAAAUAUAUAUACGGUUGUAUAUAGAUUUAUAUAUAUGUAUGACUGCGUAGGGCGAAUAAAAGGAACCCUGCA